ACCCAUCAAAGGAUCUUGUAUUCACCACUAUAAACUUCUUUUGAGUUCUGAGAGACCCUAAUCCUUGAGGAACUGUCGUUAAUUCGUUCCUCAACAUAACAAGGGCUAAAAAAAUAACAUAAUACAAUAUUAUUUGAACGCUAAUCAAGGUGGAACAAUUGCAUUCCAGACACGUGUCCGGCAGAGAUUUUCGAGAUAUGCAUGAGAUAAUAAGUCGAUCCAGUGCAAUAUAGUUAAACAAUCAUACAUAAAUUACAUAUAAUUCACCCGUCCACCUAUACAAUAAUUAGUUUUAUUGGUGGAUUUUCCGGAACGUGUUUUCUUUAUUAUAUGUAUCUAUCAAGACAUAAAUAUUAUUGCGUAAACAAAAACCAGUUAAAAUUUCUGGAAUUGUAGAACUUCUCACUUUCUCGGUGUCAAACUUAUAUAAAUAGUUGCAUCCUCUCGACCUUACCAGCUUAUUUAACCACUUAUUGUUUUUUAAACUUUGUAACGAUGAUCACUCGCACACUUUGGCUGGCUCUAACUGUGUCUUACGUCACAGGAAUAACUCCACAGUUCGUCACAGGCACCAACUUAUUCACCGCUUCCAUAUACAAAGAAGCCAUUAAAGAUGGAAAUGAAAACCUCUUAGUAAGCCCACUCUCCGUAGAAGUAGUCUUAGCUUUAGCCCAAUCAGGUGCCAAAGGUGAAACAGCCGAAGAAAUUCGUAGCAACCUCCACCUUCCAAACAAUGCAGGAGAGACGAAAACCUCCUUCAAACAACUCCUUCAAACCUUUAACAACAAGGAAAUUUAUUCUCUUCACACAGCCAACAAGAUCUACGUCGGAAAAAAUUUUGCCAUCAAAAACGACUUCAAAACUCUUGCAACGGAUGUGUUUUUAUCAGAUAUUGAAAAUAUAGAUUUCGGCCAGAGCGUGCAAGCUGCGAACACUAUCAAUGGAUGGGUGGAAGGUCAAACUAACCACAAAAUCAAAGACUUGGUUGAUUCAAGUGGUCUGAGUUCUGGCACACCCGCCAUUAUGGUAAAUGCUUUGUAUUUUCAAGCGAACUGGACGGAUAAAGGCUUUCACGAAUUUCCAAGUUUGAAAAGAGACUUCCACAAGAGUGCGACAGAAGUGGUUGAGGUAGACACGAUGACGAAACAAGCAACACUAAACUACUACGAAAAUACAGAAAUAGGGGCUACGUUUUUAGAACUACCGUUCCAAGGAGGAGAUGCACAUAUGGUCCUAGUGCUUCCCACUGACAAGCAAGGGCUUGCAGACGUCGAAAAACAAGCAGAAAAAGUCUUCAAGGCACAACCAUUCAGAAGUGAGAUUGUCGAAGUGACCAUGCCUUUGUUCAAAAUUGAAAGUAAAAUCGAUUUUAAGAAAAUUUUGCAAAAGUUGGGGGUGAGGAAAGCGUUCAACUUGGGUCAAGCGGACUUCAGUGGAAUUUCUGGACAUAAGGGAGAUGUAGCUGUUGACGGGGUACUCCAGAAGACGUACAUAAACGUGAAUGAAGAUGGAGUGGAAGCCGCUGCCGCCACCAGAAUAUGGUUUUACACGUCGGGCUCCCCUACACCUACUAAAUUUUUCAACGUUGAUCAUCCUUUCAUCUUCUACAUCAAAGCCAAUGAUGUGAUUUUAUUUGCUGGAAGAGUUUUAUCUCCAAGUCAUGAAAAUCUCGGUGUGUCUAAAAUGUUCACGAAUGAGGCUGAUCUAAGCGGAAUUGUUGCUAAGAAAGGUGACUUAAUAGUUGGCGAGGUGGUGCAAAAGACUUUUAUUGAUGUUAAUGAAGAGGGAGUAGAGGCAGCGGCUGCAAUGGAAGUUUUCCCAGUUCUUGGUUUUGGCUUCAUGCGUGGCUGCCCCAGGGAGUUCACCGUGGAUCGACCAUUUAUCUUCUAUAUUAAAGUUCGUGGUGUCGUGCUUUUCGCUGGAAGAGUUGUAGAACCCAAACAAUAAACAUGAUGGAAUAUUAA